AUGUCUUGCGUUCAUUUUUGGCGCUCUACUCGAAUUCGCCUUGGUCAACUACGCUGCUCGAAAGGAUAUGAGCAAUUGCGGUCAACGUAUGAUGAAGCAGUUGCCCCAAGAUGGCUAUCGACCGUUGGCCGGCAGUCCACCACGGACCUCGUUCUGUUGCCGUAUAUUCGUUCGCCACUACAAAGAACGCUCAAAACGUAUCGACGUCGUUUCCCGUCUGGUAAUCGCCCUAAUCCCUCUUGUUGUCGUUUACGAACGUGUUCCCUAUUGGAUAUGCCUGUUUCAACGGUAGGUACGCGGCGUCUA